UUACUGCAGCACCGCGUGAGCAUCUUUUGGGUUGUAUUUUAUUAACGCAUAUUUAUUGUGCAUAUUCAACAACAAUGAAACGAGAAUUAUCGGCUAGGAGAUGACCGCUAUUAUUAAGUGCAGUUCAAGCGUUGGUUCUGUGCAUGCUAUCUAGGAACUUCUCAUGUCAAGUGUCGCUGCAAAUGGCGGAUAUUGUUUCUUUUGCUUUUUUUUAAGAAAUUGUUCAGUGUUUGCGAAUGUCUCAAAAGCACAAAAAAUGGAAGGUAGUAAAGGGACUCCAAUAAGUCAACGUACCGCGCUAUUAUUAAAAUUGUCUAAACAGGAACAAACCAACUUCGGAAGUGUCCAAAGUGAACCGUACUCAAAAAAAGUAUCAAGAUGGGUGGCAUCUUUACCUUACAAUCUAAAUGAAACUGCAGCAUACGGAGCUGAUGAUAACCAGUCAUCGCAAAUUUGUUCUCUAGAUAGUUCUGCAGGAUGUGUUGCAAACAUCCAUGAAACCGAAAAUUGUUCGCCAGUAUUGAACUACUUGCUGACUGAGGCUGAAGAGAGUAGGCAAACCGUGGGUGCAAAUACUGAUAAUAAUGAAAAUAUGAAUAGUGGUAGUGAUGACAUAAUUGAUAAUGAUCAAACAUCGCAAAGGUGCGCUGUAAAUAGCUCUUCAGGUACCGAGUCGUUUACAAGCGCACAAGCCGAUGACGUCGAGUCACCCAUUGAUGAUUCAGAUGCUGACCCGAACUACUCUUCCUCUUCCUCUUCAAGCUCAUCUUUUUUGUCAGAUAUAGAAGAAGUCAGAGAACAGAAA